AGGAAGUAACUGCUCAUAACUAGCAAAAGUGCAGCUGUGUUUCCUUCUCAGUACCCCAACCAUGUUCAAACUUGUUGUGUUCAUUACUAUGCUGGUGAUUCCUUAUCUACAGAGGACUGUUGCAGAUUGUACUGACAGCUAUUUUGUCCCAGAUCCAGUGUUCGUCGGCUGCUAUCAAAAGACUCCAAGUCAGGCAGACCCUUUUCUACCUUAUGAAAUACAGACAGCGGUGUUCAACGCUUCAAACUGUGUAUCCUGUUGUGCAGCGGAAAACCAGAGCUUCAAUUUUGCUGGGGUAGUAACACGUCCUAAUGGCCAAGUCAGGUGUUUAUGUGGACAGAGGAGUGAGAAUUACUAUGAUUCUAUUUCCAACCAUCAUGCAACAGGUUGUCUUACAUGCCCCGGUAAUAGUGGCCAGUCGUGUGGUGAUCAUGCAAGAGUAUCCGUGUAUGAAGUGAAUACGUCUGUUGAGACGACACACUUGACGACACGUCCUAAUGUGAUGUCUUCAAUAUCAUCGACAAUAGACAACAUGGGCGCUUCCAGAGAAAACACAGCCUUCAUCGCCGGUUCAGCCGGGGGAGGGGCAGCUGUUCUGCUGGUCGUCUGCGGUGUUGUUGCUGUCAUCAUAAUCCGCAAAAGGUCAUCCACUUCAAAGAAAAACAAUCUCCCCUCUGCAUCGAUUAGCUUGCGUGACGUUGGAGGUGGUAACCCUGACGACCCGUCCUACCAGGACGUCCUGCCCAGCGGUGCCCAGCAUCAGUACGCCACUGUACGGGAGGACCCUCAUCCCUACACCGCGGUCAGGGACGAGCCUAACGUUUAUGAAUCCAUCCAAGAUGAUCCCCAAUACGCCAUUGUUCAGAAAGGCCGCAAACAUAUGCAUGCACCUAAUGCUGAAACCAACACAGCAUAUGAUUCGGAGAGCCCUCCGUCAAAUGACGAUGAUAGGUCCCCUAGUGUGUGUGAGAUGGUGGAUAACAUCAUUUAUGAAUAA